GGGGUCGUGGGCUCAGCUGGGCUUCUGCAGUUCUCUGGACCAUGCUGUGGACUUGAUGGCUUCCAGGCUGUACUGCUACACUGACCAAAGUUAGCAUACAAGCGAGUGAACAAGACAAUGCAGGAGACUCCUGUCAGCAUGCCUGUCCUCCGCACUCUGCUUGGUACUGUGGUGUGAAUUGUGAAGAUGAGAGAUAGCUUCAUGGAGUUCUAUUUUUGAAACCAUUACUGAGGUGUAAAAGCCAACUCUGCUAGAUGGAUAUGUGGAAGACAACUAAGAUUUGGGCUCAAUCAAGUAUUCUUUUAGAGUCCAGAGCUUUUUCUAUUGGGGUGCCUGUUUUUUCUUUAGAACAUCCCACAAAGAGCUAAUGCUUGUGUCUUGAGGAUUCCCAACACUUAGCAAUCCUAUAAUAUCUAUCUGGAUGUCACCACCUUUUCCUAUGUUAACAGUUCUGAGCAUGUUUUACUAUAUUUGCCUUCGGCGUCGAGCCAGGACAGCAACAAGGGGAGAACGGAUGAACAAUCGGAGAGCUAUUGAAUCAAACAGAGCCUUACCUAUCAAUGUUGAAUUAAUCCAAUAUGCCAAAGAAGUGUUGGAUUUCAGUUCCCAUUAUGGCAGUGAAAACAGCAUGUCAUAUACCAUGUGGAAUUUGGCUGGAACUCCUAACGUGUACCCCAGCUCUGGUGACUUCACACAGACUGCUGUAUUUAGAACUUACGGAACAUGGUGGGACAUGUGUCCUAGUGCACGGUCACCUUUUACAAGAACACCCUCCAAUUUCCAUAGUCAAGACUACGUAGAACUUGCUUUUGAGGAACCAGUUUAUCCUACAGCAAUUCAUGUUCUGGAAACAUAUCAUCCAGGGGCUGUUGUUCGGAUUUUGGCAUGUUCUGCAAGUCCUUACUCCCAAAAUCUUCCCAGUGAAGUAAGAUGGGAAAUCCUUUGGUCUGAGCCUCCUUCCAAGGUGAAUUCACCUCAAGCACGACGUUUUGCACCUAGUAUCAAACAAAUAAACUUUCCUACAAACUUAAUUCGUCUGGAAAUAAACAGCUCCCUUUUGGAUUAUUACACUGAAUUGGAUGCAGUAAUACUACAUGGUUUAAGAGAGAGGCCUAUGCAUUCACUUAAUACUUCCAUUAUUGAUAUGAAUGAUCUGGAUGAUGAUGAUGAUGAUGGAGAGAGCGAAAGCUUCAGCAUGGAUAGUCUUAAUAAGCAGUUUGGUGCUGCUUCCUUCAGGGAAUGCUCAACUAAUGGAUACUUUGAUAAAUUGCCUUAUGAGCUCAUCCAGUUGAUUUUGAGUCACCUUACCGUCCCAGAUCUGUGUAGAUUAUCGCAGACUUGUAAGCUGCUAUAUCAACACUGCUGUGAUCCUCUACAGUACAUUCACCUCAGUCUGCAACCUUAUUGGGCAAGGAUAAAUGACACAGCUCUAGAAUACUUACAGUCUCGCUGUAUCCUUGUCCAGUGGCUGAAUUUAUCUUGGACGGGAAACAGAGGAGCCAUUUCCCUUUCAGCUUUUGGCAGGUUUCUGAAGGUGUGUGGUUCAGAACUGGUGCGUCUGGAGUUAUGUUGUGGCCACUUCCUCAAUGAGGCUUGCUUGAAGGUUGUUGCUGAGACAUGCCGGAAUCUUCAGGAAUUAAAUCUCUCCUCCUGUGAUAAGCUACCACCUCAGGCUUUCCAUCACAUUGCCAAGUUGUGCAACCUUACCCGUCUAAUUCUUUAUCGAACAAAAGUAGAGCAAACAGCACUGCUCAGCAUUCUGAACUUCUGCUCAGAACUUCAGCACCUUAGCCUGGGUAGCUGCGUGAUGAUUGAAGACUAUGACACAGUAGCUAGCAUGAUAGGAGCCAAGUGCAAAAAACUUCGAACAUUGGACUUAUGGCGAUGUAAAAACAUUACUGAAAAUGGAAUAGCAGAGCUAGCUGCUGGCUGUCCGCUGUUGGAGGAACUUGAUCUUGGCUGGUGCCCGACACUUCAGAGCAGCACUGGUUGCUUUGCAAAACUUGCACGUAAACUCCCAAACUUGCAAAAGCUUUUUCUGACAGCCAACAGGUCUGUUUGUGACUCUGAUAUAGAAGAGCUUGCUACAAAUUGUACUAAUCUUCAGCAACUUGAUAUUUUGGGCACAAGAAUGGUAAGCCCUGCUUCUUUAAGAAAAUUGCUGGAGUCUUGUAAAGAUCUUUCCUUACUUGACGUGUCCUUCUGUUCACAAAUUGAUAAUAGAGUUGUCCUAGAACUGAAUGCCAACUUUCCAAAUGUGUUCAUCAAGAAGAGCUUCACUCAGUGACUCAGUUCAUAUGCUGUUCUAUGGAACUGAUUUGACAGUUCAGCUUCCUAUUUGUGAUUUGACUUUUUUCAAAGGAAAACUUAUCCUGUGAAUAAUGGGGAAAAGGUUAACUCUUCUUCAUAUGAAGGUUAUAUGUGAAAUCAAAGAUUUAAAUUGUGGUGAGCCACUAUUCCAUGUAUUGUAUCCAGUUACUAUACUUGGCAAGCAGACCUCCCUGUUUGAAAUGGAAAGAAUCGUGUAAAUGUUAGCUGGCAUACAUUUUAACGCCUGUUAAAGAGCAUUUAAUACCACUUGGAUAUUAACAUUAAAAUAAAUGGGAGAUAUAAAUAGAAUUCCACUUUAAGUUUUAGUGUGUGCCUUUAAGGGGCAAAUGUACUUUGGCCUCAGUUGGAACCUCAAAUGUUUCAUGUGCAAAUAAGUAUGAAACUAAUUUCUUCUAAAGAAUAGUGGUUUCAUAUUGUUUCUUUAGUUUUUUUAUGCAGAUAGUUUUGCUAUUUCCAAUAAAAGAAGAGCAGCUGUCCAUCUUAGCAUUUUAUAUUUAUCAUAUAAUGUUUUUAAGGGAAUGUGUGAGGCUGAAAAGAGCCUUUUCCCCCUGAUAAUCUGACAAUACAAAAUGUGUGGAUGAUGCAACCGGGUGUAGUGCAGUGACAUCCAGUCACAUGUUUUAUAUUAUUAGAUCAACAGGAAUGGAGGAAUUAAAACUGUGCUCCUUUUCAGUUGGCCUCCCAUUGCUUCCAACAAGAUACAAAAUUUACUUUGGGUUUUGACUGUUUCCAUAAUAUGUCGGGGGUUUAAAAGCAAGCAUAUUUUGCAUUGAGUGACUUCUGAUUAGGAUUACCAACUUUAAUCAAGGUGAUUAAUAAACCACACUUGAAGUUGCAGAUAAAAAGAAUUAGCUACCAGUUAAUCAGUGGGUAGACAACAAGUGCAGAUCUUGGGAUUUUUAAAGGGCCUGCUUCCAUGCAUGUUAUACAUUUUCCAUUUUUGGAAAUGGAGAUCAGUUUUUGUGCACUGUUCUAACAGGUUUUCUGCAACAUGCAGCUCAUGCUAAAGUUAUUCCAUUUGUUGGUUUAUGUAAAACAUUUAAAUAUGAACAUGGUACUUUGAUGACAGAGCACUACCCUGUAAAAAUAUUUUAUUUUGCAUUUUUAAAUGAGUUUUAUAACUAAUAUAUAUUCAGUGUAAUUAGGAAUUUUGCUUAUACAUACCUGUUCCAGAAGAAUUUGGACAGUGUAUGUUUACACAUUUUAAUAUUUUAAAUUAAGCAGUGUUUUAUGUAACUCAGGAUGUGCAUGGAUAUGUUUUCUUUAAAAAAAAAUAUGUUUAAUGGCAAAAAGUAUUACAACUGUACUAAUUAAAAUGUGUGCCUUCCUUUUUUUACAAUCAAAAGAACAUAUAAGGACACUUGUGUGGACACUGAGUAUAACUGAAAUCAUUGAAGAAUGUGUGUUUUGGCUUAUGAUGCAACUGUCUUUGUUUACAUACCAGAGCAAAUGGUGAUUCUCUUCACAAAAAUUGGACUGGAGUCACAAAAAUGGUCCAAGAAUGAAUUAAACUCUUUAUUUUGACA